AUCAGUGUGAUGUGGGUUAAUCUCAACCUUGCCAACAGUUUCACCCCAUUUACUGAGAAUCAUCUCAACCUUGCCGACAGUUUCACCCCAUUUACUGCAGGCUCACCCCCAAUAAAGCAGAACAAAAGAAGGCACGAUUAGACUAUAGCUGCACAGUCAGUGAUAUUCUUUCAGCAAAAUGUUGGCUCUCUUAAUCAUCAUUUCUUGCAUUUCUUUCAUGAAUGCUCUCUGCCCUGAAGAAAAUUGUCCUCUUCCUCGAGAUUGCAAGGAUUGGUAUGAUCUUGGAGUAAGAAAGAGUUGUGUCUAUCCAAUAUAUCUUGAAGAUAAUGAGACCAUGAUAAAGGUUUAUUGUGAUAUGGAAACUGCAGGAGGUGGAUGGACUGUUAUACAGAGGAGAAUGGAUGGAUCUCUUGAUUUCAAUCGGUACUGGUAUGAGUAUGAGAAUGGAUUUGGUAAUGUUACUGGUGAAUUUUGGCUUGGAUUGAACUACAUUGCUAAACUUUCCAGCAAUUGUCGGACUACUCUGCGUGUAGAACUAGAAGAUUUUGAGGAGGACAGGAGACAUGCUGAAUAUUCAUAUUUUUAUGUCAGUACAUACAGGUAUCAGCUAUCAAUUGGUGGGUACUCUGGCACAGCAGGGGAUAGCUUAUAUGGUGGCUCAUAUAACACUCGACAUAAUAGGAUGUAUUUUUCCACUCGAGAUUGUGACUAUGACAGAUAUUAUUCAUCAUGUGCUCGAGUACACAGAAGUGGCUGGUGGUUCAAUAGAUGUAUGCAGUCAAAUCUCAAUGCUCCUUACAGUGAAAAUCCACAUGUUUCUUACCUUAGAGGUAUCACAUGGACUUCUUGGAAGGGUAGUUAUUAUUCGUGCAAGGGGACUGAAAUGAAAGUUCGCUGCCGAUAGAUUAAGCAAGGCACAGUGUCUGCAGUUAGAACUUAAUUAAUGCUGUUUUAUACUUAAAUAGAAGUUGCUGAAUAACUUUUAAGACUGUUUUUUGUAUUUUUUGACAUAAGUUACAAAUAAAAAUUGUAAUAAAAA